CCGCCCACCUACUGUGCGUGUACCUUUCCUAGAGAGCUCUGCGGGAGAUGGAGCCAACACACAAAAUUCAUCAGUUGGGGACCAGCAAUACUCAUACUAGAUUUUAAAUGCUGUUGUACAGGGACUUUCAUAUGUAUGAAGGUAAAUAUGCUGUAAUGGAUGAGGACUUUUCAUUUUAUGUGCCAUUGUUAUUAUGAUCUGCCUGAUGCCUGCCACUCAGCUGUCACAGUAAUGUUUGUGUACUUAACAUUUAUUGUAUGAAAGUUUUAUAAACGUAAAAUCUGUAUAGAAACUUAAGUAUAAUUAUACCAAUUGGAAUAUUAAAAUAGUCUCUUUAAUUGAAAUUGUGCAUUUAAUUUCCCCCUUUGGUCAAAAUGAUCUACCUUCAUAUUUUAAUGUAAAAUCUUAAUUUGGAUUGUUCUUUAUAUUAAACAGAUUUAUUAGGGAAAUUUAUUGUAUUCAUUUAAAGUGGGUUUUUUUUUUUCAUGGUUUUCAUAAAACGUGAUCAAGAUAGUAUUGUUAACUUUUUGAAUAGCCAUUGAUUUAAUGUUACUAAAAGAGCCAUGGAAGGUGAUGAAUUUCAGGCAGUGGUUACCUGACACAUGUAGCUAAUGAGCUUGAGCUCUUAUUGAAUAUUAUCAGUAUUAUCAGUUGUUCUUCUCCAUGCUGUUUUUCUUUAAGCUUCAAAAAAUGUGUGAUAUGUACAUAUUAUACCAGCUGAAUUUUUGAGGCCUUAUAAAUUAUAGGGAUGCCCUUUUUUUUUUUUUUUUUUUUUGCUGCUGCUUGCUUCAAUGAUUUCCAAUGGCAAACUGUUCAAUACCAACUGUAUCCACACGUGACCCCUUAUCCCUUCUUCAUACUGCCCGUUUUAGUUUUCCAAGCCCUCACACAUGCCCCUUAGUUAUGUAAAUGGAUGAUUUAAUGAACAAAUAUAGUACUUCUGAUUCCUUCUAGAGGAACAGAGUAAUUGUUAUGAAUUAUUUGUGCUAGAAGAGUAGUUCGUACCUGAAAAUUAUUCUGUGUUAUGGGUUAGGGAUUGCAGUAUACAGUAUAAUUAGGUGUUACCAGUGGUAUUUGUCCCCUUUAGUUGUGUUCAUUUUUUGGGGAGAGGGGUAUUCAUAUUAAUAACCUUAUCGGAAAUUAAUGAUGCUGUUCUGCGUCAUGUUGCUUGUCAUUCGUCUUCUGUCUCGUACCAAGAAGUUAUUUAACGAUUUAAUUCUGCAUAACGCCAUGCGGGAAAUUGUUCUGGGCCGAAGUGUCCAAUACUUAAAACUGCAUCUCCCAAGAUCCUCUCCUGCAUGCUCGCGUCAGCUUCAGGGUGUGCAAGCGAAGAGUCAAAACGGUACCUACAGUUAUAUUGUAUUGUACGGUUUAGUUUCUUCUUGGCACUCUAGUUGGCAAUAGAGCCAUCUUCCUGCGUUAGAAAAAUGGAUCUAUAUAUCAUUAUAGAAAAGAUGGAAAUUGGCGAUCAAGAUGCCGCCUUGAUGGCACUACAGUCAUUUAAUAAAGAGAAAGGGCAGUGUUUCACCUUUAACAUGAAGGAGCAAGAGGAGAGGGAGCGGCUGGGCGAGCUGGCGAUGGGAUUCCUGAACAGAGAGCUGCAGCCGUCUUGCCAGCUAGCCUGCCUGGAGACCAUCCGCAUCCUGUCACGAGAUAAGGGCAGCCUUGGCCCUUUCUGUACACGGAAGGCCGUGUGGACGCUGAGCCGGUACGCGGGGCUGGCAUGCGAUGCUGAUGGCACCACGCCGGAGACGCCCGACCCGGAUGUUAAUGUGGAGGCCCUCAAGUGCCUAUGCAACGUGGUGUUCACCAGCGAGGAAGCCCGGGAGGCGGCCGCUCACCUCCGGCUGGUGGCCGGCCUGGCCGAUCGGCUCAAGCAGUGCCGCGGGCGGGAGUGGAGCCCCACGGUGCGCUUCUUUGACUUGCGCCUCACCUUCCUGCUCACCGCGCUGUGCGUGGACGUCCGCGCCCAGCUCGCCCAGGAGCUGCGGGGCGUCAGCCUCCUCUCCAGCGUGCUGGACGCCACCCUGGGCCUGCGCUGGCUGGGCACCUUCGAGGUGGUGCGGCCCGAUGGAGAUGCGGGUGCCGCUGGCCCGCCUCCCCUUAGCCGCGAGGAGACGGAGUGUGCCAUGGAGAUCCUCAAAAUCCUCUUCAACAUCACGCUUGACACCAGUCGCCGUAAGGUGGAUGAGGAGGAUGCGGCGGUUUAUAGGCACUUGGUGGCUGUCCUGAGGCCGUGUUUGAUGAGCGUGGCUCAUGGAGAGGACCGUACAGAGGAGUUCCACAGCCACACGGUGAAUCUGCUGGGGAACCUGCCUUUGAUGUGCCUGGACGUGCUGCUCCUUCCCAAGGUGAAGCAGGGCUCCAUCGAGUACCUGGGCGUCAACAUGGACUCGGUGAACAUGUUACUGCAGUUCAUGGAGAGGAGAUUAGACAAGGGGACCAAGGUAAAGGAGACUCUGUUGCCCUGCCUGAACCUGCUGACGGAGAGUGCCCGCGUGCACAGGGAGACCAGGAAGUUCCUGCGGACCAGGAUCCUGCCCCCUCUGCGUGAUGUGAAGAACCGACCCGAGGUGGGGAACACCUUGCGGAACAAGCUGGUGCGCCUGAUGACCCACAUCGACACGGAUGUGAAGCAUUGCUCCGCGGAGCUCCUUUAUGUGCUCUGCAAGGAGAGUGUGUCCCGAUUCAUCAAGUACACGGGGUAUGGGAACGCGGCCGGCCUGCUGGCUGCACGCGGCCUGAUGCAGGGAGCCAGGGACCCGGGCCACUACUCCGAGGACGAGGACAGUGACACGGAGGAGUACAGGGAGGCCAAACCUCAUAUUAACCCAGUAACGGGACGUGUGGAGGACAACCAGCCCAACCCCAUGGAUGGAAUGACAGAGGAGCAGAAGGAAUUUGAGGCCAUGAAACUGGUUAACAUGUUCGAUAAGCUGUCCAGGGACCAUGUGAUCCAGCCAAUGAAGAUAGGACCAGAUGGGAAAAUGACAUCACUGGCGACCAAUGAUUUACAGAGAAUGACAGUAGAGGGAGAACAGCAGAAUUCGGAGAGUGAAGAAGAGAAUGCUUAGGAAAGAAGCGUUCAUUUAAAUAUACCAUUGAGGUUUAUAAGCACAGUAGUGAGAGACAUUAACUUGUGAUUUUAUCAAUGUGUAUAACCAGGGAUGGACAUAACUCGUACAGAAGUACACAUUCACCUUUAAAAGCAAUUUGUGCAGUAAUUGAUUGUUGUAACAGCAUGAAUGCAUACACAUUUUAUGUGCAUUUGCACCGAAAUGACAAGAAACUAUUGUGCUUUUUAACCUUUAUAUGCUAAUUUGUACUUCAUCUGCGGUAGAGAUAAAAGCGCACAUAAAAUAUGUACAUAUUUGUGCUGCUGCAUUAAUCAAUUGCCGCACGUGUCACUUUUAAAGAUGAAUGCCUACUUGCGUACCAGUUAUGUCAAUCCCUUUGUAUAACAAUGGUGUAAACCAGAUUUUUAAAGAGGGGAAUGUCAUACAACCUUAUCCCUCUGUUUCUUGUUUUAAAAAUAUUUGUGGUACUGGCCUUGUGUUCUGUACUGCUAGGAACUGGCUCCUUGUCAGCUUAACCAGGAUAAAAGGUUAAAGGAUGGAUGGGUGGAUGAAUGGAUGGAUAGAUGGAUAUUUGUACUAGACUAGUGGUCGCUGCAGAAAAAAUAUAUGCAAUAUCCUGAAUAUUGUCUCUUGUUCUUUGACAAUUGUAACAGUGGGUUAUCUUGUCCAUUGUUGAGUUUUUCUUGGCUAAGUCACUGCACAAUAUUCUGCCAUCGCAUAUUUCUCAGUACUGGUAAUAUUAUCUAACUUUCUGAUUUGUGCCACUGUGUGUUGUAAUAGUUAAUUUGAAUCAAUUAAUUUGUUGAGGAGGCCACUGUAACUUAAACUGAAUUUUGUAUGUUAAAAGUAAAUUAUAGAUUACUCUUAUAUAAUGAGGCCGUAUGAUUUCUUGAGGGUCUGUUUUUAAUCUGUAUCUUUUAUUGAUUGACCUCUUAAAGGAUUUAGAAGCUAUGUUAAAUGUUUAAUAAUCCUGCAGGACACACUGGCAAUUAGUUCAGACUGAUAUAGGAAUCUUGUUUUUAUUUGCAAACAUGCAAAUGACACUUGAAGGCAAAACCUGAUAAAGUAAAUAAUGUCUUUAUAUUUUAUAAUGGAUGUUAUAAAGAAAAAAAGAAUGAAAUA